AUGAUGUCGAAUGAAUAUCGUGUUAAACGCUAUAAUGUUGAUCAAUGUGAACGUGAUUGGGCAAAAGCUGGUAUAAAUAAAAAUCAUACGGCUGUUAAUAAUUCAAAAGUAUUAAAUAAUGUAAAUGAUGGGCAGCGAUACUUAAAUGGUUUAGGUCGUAUAUUAAAAAUAGAUAAAGUCGAUGGUGGUCAAGAAUUUAUUCAAACUUUAUGUCUUAAUAUUGAAUUUGAUGGUACGGGUGCAACAGAAUUUAAACAAAUGGAGUUUAGAGUGGGUACAAAACAUGGUACAGCUACAUAUUUGCUAGUAGCUACUAACGUGGAUCAGAAUAUGAAAGUUACAGUUUGUUACUCAUAUCAUUAUAUAGAUGAACAUUUAUUAAGUAAUAAGAUAUUUACAUUACAGGCCACAGAUAUGACGCUUGAUUGGUUAAGAGCUAAAGCAUGUGAAAGUCUAAAGGCAAUGUUACCAGAACAUGCAGCGCCAAAAUUAAUAUAUGAAUGA